AAACUUAAAAAAAAAAAGAUUUUUUGCAUGUAGUGUGUGGAAGUAAUAAGAGGAUGUAAUUGCCAAGAAAAUGACAAGGAAAGUGAAUAAACAAGAAAAAAAUGUAGCAAAAUUUGGCAAUUUCUGGGUCUGGGGAAAGAAAAACGCACAGCAAAAAAUAUUAGGAAAAUAUAACGCGGUGUGCUAAAUAAAAACAGAACAAUUGCUGUGAUACGAGACAAAACAAUGAAAUGUUGAGGCACAUUUCAAUUACAUCUGUCUUUUGUUAUUAAUUUUUUGUUAAAUGUGUAGUGUGAAAAUUCAUAAUAACCUUUGCAAGAAUUUGCUGCAAUAAUCGCGAACGUUGGUUUUGGCAUAUCAAGUUUUUAUAAACAACGGAUUGUUUUUGUAAUUACGGGAUGAUGCAAAAUUAAAUUUCGAGUGUAAUAAUUUCUAUAAAAUUUGUGAUAAAGUAUUAAUUAAUGAUUGGAAGGCAAUUUAUAAUUAAAUUUAGUUUGGGACACGAACAUUCAAAAUUUUAAUAAGAUUAUUUACGGCCCAUCUCUUGCUCCAAGAAGUGCCUAUAUACAAUAAAUCAUAAUCAUAGGGUGGAUUUGGUGACGUUACUGAGAAUGUCUCGCGACCGGUUCUCCAAGGACAGCGUCUUUAGAAGUGUUUAUAACAAUCAAAGCUUAAAUUCCACACGAGCUGCCACUAAUAACUACAUUGCUAGCACAAAAGACUCACUGGACUAUGUGCAACGUUUGGGUUUGAUGAGCCGUUUGCAUGUGCACUCUGGCUGUGUGAACACUGUAAGUUGGAGCAGCACAGGUGAACACUUGUUGUCGGGUAGCGAUGACCAGUGCAUUGCUAUAACGAACCCUCACAGCCAAGAGGUACUGUUGAAAUAUAAAACGGCUCAUAGAGCGAACAUCUUCAGUGCGCGGUUUAUGCCACGGUCGAAUGGUCACUCGAUAGUAUCGUGUUCCGGUGAUGGUAUUGUACUGCAUACCGAGCUGUUAGCACCAUAUGUACGUCGGCAACGCACACCGUUAUUUAAUAAUGUUAACACGGUGGGCUCUGGUGCCGAUUCUACUAGAGAGACUGUUCCUAUGCAGCCCUUAUAUGAACAUAGUGAGAGUGAGGCUAAAUUGAGUUUUUUUAAUUGUCACAAAAGCGGUACAACGUAUGAAGUACUAACGAUACCCUCAGAACCACGGUCAUUUCUGAGCUGUGGCGAAGAUGGGACAGUUCGUCUAUUCGAUUUACGGCAAAUAUCGAGUUGUCAUAAGACUUGCUGCAAGGAUAAUAUACUGAUAUUUAGUCCUUCAGCGGUUAAUGCCAUGGAUCUAUCGCCCAUCAGUAACUACUAUGUGGCAGUGGGUAGUUCCGAUGCAAUUGUACGGAUCUAUGAUCGACGUUACCUGUCAAUUAUUGAUUUUAGCGAUAGCUCUAUACCCACUACGGAGCGGCAUACAAGACCGAUUAAAGCCUAUCCAAUUCCUAUGACGACGAAUCGACAAUAUCGAAUUACUUGUGUUAGAUACAGCCCUGAAGAGUCUGAAUUACUGGUGAGUUACUCUUCUGAGUAUUUGUAUCUAUUUGAUCUGCGUCGCGACGGUGUGGACGUCAACGAGCUGUAUGAAAAGGGACGGACAGCUGAUGUCAACAGUGCAUCCCCUCCUCCUACUUUAACCGCCGAACAAGUUACGCGGCGGUUGCGCUUGCGUGGUGAUUGGUCCGACACUGGACCGGAUGCGCGGCCGGAAAACUAUCCGAGAGGGCGAGUGGAAAUUGGACAAGUACGACCGCAGCUGCAAGCGAACAUAAUGAGUCGCAUGACAGAGGUGAUAUCCCGUAUGCUUAACGAUCCACGUACACGAAUGGGCCUUUCUGGCCAGGCACAAGAGCUGAAUCGUGAAAAUCAAGCGACACUUUUGGCUGCAGUGGCUAGAGAGACAUCAGACGACUCGACACCCUCUACAUCAGGCGCUUAUUGGCGUAGAGUUGCUAGUCGUUUGCACAACUCUCGUUCUAUUAACAUAAAUGCUUCAAUGCCUCAAACAGAUGUGGUUACGUCUCAACCGAUUCCUACAACGACUGUUGUCAAUAACAUUAGUAGACCGCCAGAAGAAAGUACCAUUGCGGCACCAGCAGAACCAUCAGUACCUGCAAGUACGUCCAUUGCCGAUACAUCUAAUGUUAGCAGUGAUGGUCAGCAAGGCAUACAGUUCCGUGACGAUGAAGCCGAUACGCUGAACGAAGAACUUGCGGAACUCGACAUGCAAACCAAGGAGAUACUUUUCGAUUAUUUGCGUAUGAAGUUUGUCGGUCACAGAAAUGCACGUACCAUGAUCAAGGAGGCGAACUUUUGGGGUAACAACUAUGUGAUGUCUGGAUCGGAUUGUGGACAUAUAUUUACUUGGGACCGACGUACCGGGAAACUAGUCAUGUUAAUGCAGGGUGACCAACAUGUUGUGAACUGCUUACAGCCGCAUCCUGAGCUUCCUUAUUUAGCUAGCUCGGGCAUAGAUUACGAUGUUAAGAUAUGGGCGCCCACUUUGGAGCAUGCCAAUUUCGAUGAAGCGGUAGCUGAAGAUCUCAUGAAACGUAAUGCUAUAAUGUUAGAGCAAACUAAAGACACCAUCACAGUACCAGCGGCUUUUAUGAUUCGUCUGUUGGCCUGCAUUCACUCGCUGCGAAAUCGCGAACGUAUCCUUAAUCCUGAAGGAGGCAAUAAUCCAUCCAACCUAACAGAAAAUGUAGACAAUGACAACAAUAGAAGCGCAACAAACGAGCAAAAUGAGGGUUCUGUUCCGAAUGCAGACGGUGGUGAAGCUUCAGAGGAGGCUAACAAUGACGAAUGAGCAAAGCGAAGUGAGAAUUAUACAUUGAAAUAAAAUACAGUUACCACAGGACAUAAGCUUAGUGCAAGAAGAGAUUUACAAAUAAUUUUCGUCUACCGUGUAAUUUUUACAAGAAUGAAAAAUUUUGAAUUUCAUACUAUGGAAAAUAAAACUAAAGAAGCAAUAUAUUCAAAUGCAUAA